CGCCAAAUUAUUUGAAAUUAUAUAACAUUAACAAGCUCUUCCUACUGUCAUGGCGUCUCUCCGUGCCCUUGUUGGUUGUAAGAGAGUCAUUGAUUAUGCCGUAAAGAUUAGAGUCAAGCCAGACAAUAUGGGUGUUGUCACUGAAGGCAUCAAACAUUCAAUGAAUCCAUUUGAUGAAAUAGCACUGGAAGAAGCCGUUCGUAUGAAAGAGAAAAAAAUAGUAUCUGAGAUAGUAGCAGUCAGUUGUGGUCCUCCGGAAUGUCAGGAGACAUUACGUACAGCUCUGGCUAUGGGGGCGGAUAGAGCUAUUCACGUCGAGAUAAAAGGAGAGGAAUAUCAAGGGCUUCAGCCACUAGCUGUUUCAAAGAUGUUAGCAAAACUUAUUCAAAAUGAAAAGGUAGACAUUGCCUUUUUCGGAAAGCAAGCGAUUGAUGACGAUUCUAAUCAAACUGGACAAAUGGUUGCUAGUCUUCUAGACUGGCCACAAGCUACAUUUGCUUCGAAGAUUGAGACUGAGGGAAGCGACACUCUCAAAGUGAUGAGAGAAAUUGACGGAGGCUUAGAACACAUUAAAGUCAAACUACCAGCUGUCGUAACGGCAGACCUUCGUCUAAAUGAACCAAGAUAUGCCACACUACCCAACAUAAUGAAAGCAAAGAAGAAACCAUUUUCAAAGAUGUCAUCUGAAGAAUUGGGCGUGGACAUUAAGCCACGCCUACAAGUGAAGAGCGUGGUAGACCCCCCAGUGAGGGAGGCUGGGAGUACAGUAGAGAAUGUUGAUGAGCUUAUCACCAAACUGAAAGAUGUGGGUGUUGUUUGAACUUUGAAGAUAGAAUCACCAUUAAAUCAUGAAGCAAACUUAGUAAAAUAUAGAUCUACAUGUAUGUCAUUAUAACACAUGUAUGAAUAAUAUCCUGUUGUGUAUGUGUAUGUGUUUAUCUAUUUAUUUACCCUUUGAGAUGAUUCAAAGGCAAAACA